CUUUAUGAAUAACAACCAGGGACCCAAGAUAGCUAUUAUUGGUGCAGGUAUAUCUGGUUUGGUUGCAGCUUGGUGUUUAUCUCAUCAUGGUUAUAAUGUCACUAUCUUUGAGAAAGAGUCACAAGUUGGAGGUCACGCCAAAGCUAUUCCAGUUGAGGUUGAAGAUCAGUCCCUGUUGGUAGACAUAGGUUUUAUGGUGUUUAAUGAAAAGACCUAUCCCAAUCUGGUCGCUAUUAUUGAAUACCUGAAUCAGUCUCGACAGACUUCAGAUAUGUCGUUUUCCUUCUCUUUAGGAGACCAGUUUUCUUGGUCCAGUGACUCUCUCAAUACUUUAUUUUCUAAAAGAUCCAAUUGGUUGAAUCCUUCUUUCUAUCGAAUGUUGUAUGACAUAUUUCGGUUUAAUAGACAAGCAACUUGGCUAGUUCAUCAGUGGGAAAGAGAACCUACUAGUGCAAAGGAAAAGAAAUGGACUGUGGGACAUUUUUUAGAAACAUACAACUACUCGUCUUUCUUUCGUGAUUCUUAUUUAUUGCCGAUGGCUGCUGCUGUUUGGUCUUGUCCAUUGGAUAGUAUUUUGGAAUUUCCACUUUUAUUUCUAUUGCAGUUCUUUUAUAAUCAUGGGUUUCUGCAAGUAUUCAAUAGGCCUCAAUGGUAUUGUUUGAAAGGUUCGAGUCGUUCAUUUCUAUCAAAGCUGAUUGAAGAUAUGAAUGUAAAUAUUCGUUGUAAUGCUCCUGUAGCACAUGUGAUAAAUGUGGAAAGGAACUCAGACUUGUGUGUUCGUAUAUGCUUACAAGACCAAACGGAAGAAGAGUUUGAUCAAGUCAUUUUUGCCACUCAUAGUAAUACUACGAGUUUAUUGUUGUCAGCCGAACCCAAUCCAACAUUGAGUGCUCUUUUGAAAGAUUUGCCUUAUUCCCAUAAUGAUAUUUAUAUUCAUUGUGAUGAGAAAUGGUUACCUCGUGAGAAACGGAAUUGGUCAAGUUGGAAUUUUCUUUCGCCACCCAUUGAUAGAAAGAAGAACAGGGCUCCUUGUGUAACAUAUUGGUUGAAUCGUUUACAAAACUUGCCUUACACAUUACCCAUAUUAGAAACCCUCAAUCCUUGGGAGCCUCCUGAAGAGUCUAAAACAUUUGCACAUUUUGUUUGGGAACAUCCACAAUAUACUCUAUCUUCCCAACAGAGUCAAGAAAACUUGCAACAAAUGCAAGGAAAGUAUCAUAUGUGGUAUUGUGGAGCUUAUUGUGGUUAUGGUUUUCAUGAAGAUGGCAUCGUUUCUGGAAUUCAAGUUGCGUCGCUUCUCGUAGGAAAGGAAAAUUUUAGAUAUUUUUGGAAUUCAUCGAAAGAACAUGUAGUAGAAAAUAAUGUUUGUCACUCAAUGAUAUCCACAUCUUUUGGAGAUAGAGACCGUUGGAUGGAUUCUUUAGGGAAGCUCUGUAAACCAGUGGUUUAUGAAUGGUUGAAACAUUUUGUGAAAGUUGGACGAUUGUUUCUAGUGGAUAUAGUUCACACUUCAAACGGUAUGGAAAGUAUUCAGAAUACAUCAUGUUUUGGACAGGAAAAAGCACAGCAGUUACAAUCGGUAACUAUUCAUGUGAAACGCCCUCGUUUCUAUCUUCGAGUACUGUUAUUUAUGGAUAUUGGUCUAGCAGAAUCAUACAUGUAUGGAGAUAUCGAAUUAAUGGAUGUUGAAGCAUUAUUGUGUUUAUUGAAUAUAUUAAUUGAAAAUAGAGACCAGGGAGGUUUGAAUGAUUGGAAAUAUUCACUCUUUCGUUGGACAGGUGGCUGGAUAAAUACCUUAUAUUUGAAAUGGUGGAGAAGAAACACGGUUCAGAAUAGUUACCAGAACAUCCGUGACCACUAUGAUUUAUCGAAUGACUUGUUUGCUCUAUUUUUAGGUUCAACGUGGAUGUAUUCAUGUGCAUUGUGGCGACGUCCAUCGGAUAGCUUGGAAGACGCACAAAUGGCAAAGAUUGAACAGAUCAUUUCCAAGUUGAAUGUCAAGACAAGUCAUCAUGUGCUGGAAAUUGGUUUUGGUUGGGGAGAAUUGGCAAUUCAACUGGUAAAACAAAAGGGAUGUAGAGUAACAGGAAUUACCUUGUCAGAGGAACAAUUUCGUUUGGCGAAACAGAGAGUAGCUGUGGAAGGUCUUGAAGAUAAGAUAGAGUUGCAAGUAAUCGAUUAUCGUCUAAUGAAGGGGCAGUUUGAUCGCAUCGUUUCCAUCGAAAUGUUAGAAGCUGUGGGUCAUGAAUAUUUAGGAGACUAUUUCGCUGCACUGGAGAGACUAUUGAAACCAAAUGGUUUGGUUGUAUUGCAAGUGAUUAGUGUUCCAGAAUAUCGAUAUGAAGCAUAUCGUAGUUCCAUCUAACAGCUCUUUGCACUGCCAUGAGUCAACACUCUUCUCUGAUGAUGUCCAAUGUAGAAGAUAUCGGUUUUCAUUACGCUAAAACUUUGGCAACAUGGAGAAAACGCUUUUUUGAUAAUCG